AAUGUCUCAAAAAUCAAACGACACCACAUUCUCGGUCAGAGCCGCGCUCUUCGCAUCACCCGUCGGCUCAUCAUCAGCAGUUCCAAAGAAGAAAGUGGCUCGAGAGGUGCCACGUGCAGGGCCGCCAGUUUUUGCCCUCGAGCACGAUGUUUCGGAAGUCACCGACAGAAAUAAAGACGGCACCUUUCUGGCUGCAGACGCGUGCGCUAGUGGCCCUACUUUGAAGGUUCCAGACGAAACACAAGGUUGCCCAGAAACUUUCAGUGUUUCGGAACACGAAGAUGACGACGACGUUGAGCCGAUGGAAGUUGAUGGAACCAUCGUUCCGUCGCCCCAGCGAGCAACGCCGACACGUGGCGUAACUCCUUGCGAAAAAUCGACGACUCCACGCAGAAGAUCCUCGAGAAAGUCGAUGCCAACGCCUGGGAAGCGUCUGUUCUUCACCAGCAAAGACACUACGAACGAGGAUCGCAAGGCUGAUGACUCGACGCAACUGGAGCUUCUGAUGGCAAAGAUUCCGCAGGAGAUGUCGGGUUACAUGAAAAAGUUGGCCACCGACAUCAAAGAGAUGAGCCAAUACGAUGCACAGCUGGCGCGGAAUAUCGACGACAUGGAAGCGGUUUUCAAAUCCCGCGAAACUAAGCUCAAGUCAGCUAUUGAAAUCGCCAAGGACAGCUUCAUCUCGUCCGCUCUGCCUCUUCGCCUCGAGACCCUGGACAUGACUCUGCGUAAAGAAGAAUCGCCAAAUGAUAUCGUUGCGAGACUUCACGGAAGUUUUCUCGACAAAACCCAGGAUGCCGGAAACGUGAAUACUGCACAAAAGGAGAACCAGCAGCUGGAGGAUGAGCGCGGGAUGCUGGAAGAAAAGCUGGAGAGUCUCAACAAGAUCAAGAGAGAGAAGGAUGAAUUUCUGGCGAAAAUGCGAAAAGAGGAAGAGGAAGCGCUCGCUCGCCGGGAGGAAAUCAAGCAGGGCUUCGAGCGAAUCGAUGCUCUAAUGAGCAAAAUCAAGCCGAUUCCAAUUUUUGAAUUCUGAUUUCUGAUUUCUCACGCUCUGUAUAAUAUUCUAUUUCUGACACAAUUGAUUUCAUAAAUACAUGUAUAAUAUUUUAUUCAUAGCCUAGGUCUUGCUUAUUAAGUGUCAAUUUCAUUACGUGUACUUUAAUUAUUGGUUUUGAGUAUCUGAAGUUGAGAUCCUAGCUGCUUUGGUCCUUUAUAAAUAUAUGUUUCUUU